AUGUUAGCAAUAAUUCCCAAAACCAAAAUCAACAUUGCGAUUGAUGGAUAUACAGCAUCGGGUAAAACCACAAUUGGAAAGGAACUUGCUUCUCAACUUAAUUACCAGUUCAUUGAUUCUGGAUUAUUCUACCGAUAUAUUGGAUAUUAUUAUUACGACAACACUUCCUUAGAAGAA